AUGUCUUGUCCUGAUAGUGUUAAAGUCGGUGAUCCUCCCACCCCAAUUUCAAUAGCAACUCAACCUGCAAAUCCAAUGCCUUCGAAGCUCUCCUCGUGCGUUAUAGGCAUCGACGUCGGUGGCACGAAUACCGACGCGGUCAUCCUCCAAGGCAACACUGUGCUGGCAUGUCACAAAACUCCAACGACCGCAGAUAUACAAGAAGGCGUGGAACAUGCGAUCGAAGAGGUCGUUAGGAAAGCAGACAUAGCUCCGGGCUGUCGCGUGGACUCAGUCAAGAUUGGGACAACGCAAUUCAUCAAUGCAGUAAAGGAACAAGAUUCGAGCAAAUUGGAUAAGGUAGCUGUGAUCCGAUUAUGCGGGCCUUACUCGCAAGGAUCUCCCCCAUUCGUCGAUUUUCCACUUGCCUUGCGAAACUUGGUAGAAGGCCAUUUUGGUUAUGUUGAUGGUGGAUAUCAAGUGGACGGCACGCCUAUUUCCCCGAUCAACGUCGAGCAACUCAGGGAACAGGCGCGCAUUAUCAAGGCCAAGUCAAUCCCAAGUAUUGUCGUUAUCGGCAUAUACUCCCCUUCGAAUGAUACGCAGGAAAAGGAGGCAUGUUCAAUACUCGCUUCCGAGCUUGGUCCAGGCUAUGAUAUAUCUCGCUCCUCCGCCAUCGGCCGCUUGGGCUUCCUGGAGCGAGAAAAUGCCAGCAUUUUGAACGCAAGCCUUCGUCGCUUUGCUCGACGUGUCAUUACUGGAUUAUCGCAUGCCUUGAGCCAUCUAGGUGAUUGCAAGCUGUACAUUACUCUUAAUGACGGGACUUUGAGCAAGGCGUCAAUCGCGUCCGAAUAUCCUGUUCGAUGCUUCUCUUCGGGCCCAACAAAUAGUGCGCGGGGUGCUGCCCUGUUGGCCAAAUCUCAUAUGUCAGAUGAAUCAGACGAAAGAGAAGUGCUCGUGAUCGAUGUCGGAGGAACCACAACGGAUGUUUGCGCUUUGAUGAAGAAUGGCUAUCCACGGCAGUCAGCGGCUUUUGUAAAGAUUGCUGGAGUGAGAACAAAUUUCACUAUUCCAGAUGUGCAUAGCAUUGCCUUGGGUGGUGGGUCUAUUGUCCGCAUUAACGAAACCCGAACCACCAUCGGUCCUGCCUCUGUCGGUUCAAGGCUAGAGAAGGACGGCAAGUCGUUUGGUGGUGAUAUAUUAACUGCGACGGAUUUGGUAAGAUGGGAUCCGAUUUCGCCAGAAAUCAAAACGUCCGGGUUAGACGAGAUUGCUCGAAUUCUGGAGGAAGCUGUUGACUUGGUAAAGACAAAGCAAGGGAAUGCAAGGAUCAUACUCGUGGGCGGUGGCAGUAUCAUCAUCGGAAGUAAAAUUGCUGGUGCUGACGAGGUCAUUCGUCCAGAGUAUCUGGAGGUAGCAAAUGCCGUGGGUGCUGCGAUUGGAAAGAUCAGCGGCGCUGUUGAUACAACAGCUUUUCCGGCUGAGAAGACAAUUGACCAGCAGGUCGAAGACGCCAAAUUGCUUGCCAUCGAGCGAUGCGUUGCUGCAGGCGGCAAUAAGCAUACUGUAGAAGUUGUGGACGUCGACGUAGUACCAAUUUCUUAUGUCACAAAUGGGGCGACCAGAAUCCUAGUCCGCGUUGUAGGAGAUCUCCUGGAAGGCUAUGAAGAGACCCAUCUUCCCGCCAACCCCACCCUCGACGGUGAAGAGUUUCACAAAGCUGGUGCAAUAUUACCUGAUGAGGUAUAUAAGGAAUCUUUCACUGGUUCCAAAGCUAGUUCAUACGACGUCGUCAAGCACACCGACAUCAAUUCCUAUAGGCCCAGAAUCGAAGGAGAUCUAUGGUAUCUGUCAGAAUUGGACCUGCUAUUCCUUCAAGAUGGCACAGGUGUCCUCGGGGUUGGGAGUUGUGGAGAGCCUUAUCCAGCAUACCUUGCCUGUCGGCUAGCCCUCCGAAAUGGGGAAACCCUUACAAUCAGAAGACAGGAUACAUUUCCUGAUAACUCUGUUGUUCUUGUUGGUGGUUUUAUGGGUUCACCAAGUGUUUAUUUGGAACGAAUCCCUGGUUUGAAUGAGGUCACCGAUGCCAUAAAAGGUGUAGUAAAACAAACCGGCAUUGCGGACUUCGAUGCUGUGAUCCCCAACGAAAUAGGUGGCAUGAAUGCGUUUGAAGCACUUCUUGCAGCCAACCGCUUUAACAAAUGUGUGCUGGAUACAGAUCUUGUUGCCAGAGCGUAUCCUAAACUUUGGCAAACGGUUCGCUGUCUCAAGGAUAUUUCUGUCACCCCAGCUUCCUUAGCUGAUGGGGCAGGGAGCUGUGAGGAUUUCACAGCGGCACACGAUAACUAUGAGGCUGAAAUCCUCAUGCGAGAUGCUUGCACAAACCUUGGUUCUCUCUGUGGACUUUCUGUUAAUCCUAUAUAUGGCGUGGAAGCCAAGACAUUACCACGAAACAGUUUCUCCUACGCAUGGACAAUCGGCCGUUCAAUUGCUCUGUCUCGCUCUUUGAAGGAGGAUCCCAUAACGUCGUUACUGUCUUCGGAGAAUGGCAAGCUGAUAUUUACUGGCAAAAUAAUAUCCGUAACCCGGAAAGUCGCACAGGGAUUUACUCGGGGGAGUGUUCUUUUCGAGUCCUUCUCAGACAUCGAAAAUGAGCGGAACACAAGCUCGACUCCGAAGAAGAGUGCCACAGAAAACCUGUUGAUAGAUUUCGAGAACGAGAAUCUCAGCGCCAUACUAAAAGUAGAUGGGAAGGAAGACAAAGUCGUGGCUUGUUGUCCAGAUCUUAUUUGUGUACUCGACAAGGCCAAUGGCGCUCCUCUUGGCAUCGCAGACUACAAAUACGGCUUGCGCGUCAGCGUUAUCGCACUGCCAGCACCGCCCGUGUGGACGUCUGAAAAGGGCCUCGCGAUGGGUGGGCCGAGAGCAUUUGACCUUGACAUGGACUACAAAGACGUCGUCGGCACCGUGGAUGUGAUAUACGAGCCGCCUAAAAGCGUCUGGGAUAUGUACGGCGAGGGUGCUUAA